AUGGCCGCCACCCCGCAUCCGCUCUCGGCCCUUUCCGCCGACGAGGUCCGGCAGGCUCGCGACAUCAUCCUCAAGCUGCACCCGGGCGCCGUCCUCGACUUUCGCGUCAUAUACCUGCUCGAGCCCCCCAAGGCCGACGUCGUCCGCUUCCUCGACGCCGAGCAUGCCGGCACCCUGACCGCCGACACCCCGCGUCCCCCGCGCCUCGCCCAGCUCAACUACGACGUCAUUGGCGGCGAUGCGGCCACCCAGUACCACGAGUCCGUCGUGGACCUCGUCGCCGGCAAGCGCACCGUGAACCAAAUGAUUGACAGCAAGUACCACGCCAGCCUGGGCAUCUUCGAGUUUGACAAGGUCGUCAAGUGCGUGCAGGAAUCCCCCGAGUUCAAGGAAAAGCUCAAGUCCGUUACCCUUCCCGAGGGCUUCGAGCUUGUCGUCGAACCCUGGCCCUAUGGCGGCCCCGACGACACCGAUGGCCAGUCGCGCCUCUUCCAGGCCCUCUGCUUCGGCCGUGACACCCGCAGCGGCAACCCCGACGCCAACUUUUACGCCUACCCGCUGCCGUUUAUCCCCAUCGUCGACGCCCGCACCGGCACGCUCGUCCGCAUCGACCAGCCCGCCACCGGCUGCGCCGAGGACGGCCUCGUCGGCGUCACCAACAAGGUCGGCGUCUUGGACCACUGCCGCCCCGCCGAGUACGUCCCCGAGCUGCUCCCUGGCGGCGUCCGCAAGGACGUCAAACCUCUCACCGUUCUGCAGCCCGAGGGCCCGAGCUUUGCCAUUACGGACGACAACCUCGUGGAGUGGCAAAAAUGGCGCUUUCGUGUCACCUUUAACCCGCGUGAGGGCGCCGUGCUUCACGAUGUUCGCUACGACGGCCGCAGUGUCAUGUACAGAAUCAGCAUGAGUGACAUGACUGUCCCGUAUGCCGAUCCCAGACCGCCGUUUCAUCGCAAGCAGGCAUUCGACUUUGGCGAUGGCGGCCUCGGCAACUGUGUCAACAACCUCACUCUCGGCUGCGAUUGUCUCGGCGUCAUCAAGUACUUUGACGGUCUGCUCACUAAUCCCGAUGGCACCCCGGUUCCCUCUAAAAAUGUCGUCUGCUUGCACGAGCAGGACAACGGCAUCAACUGGAAGCACACCAACUGGCGCACCGGCCGCGCCGUCGUCACGCGCCGCCGCGAGCUCGUGGUGCAGUACAUCCUUACCCUCGCCAACUACGAGUACGUAUUUGCCUUUAUCCUCGACCAGGCCGCCGGCAUCACCCUCGAGGCCCGCGCCACCGGCAUCGUCUCCGUCGUCAACAUGGACGAGGGCAAGACGGCGCCCUGGGGCAACAUUGUCAAUCCGGGCACCAUUGCCCAGAACCACCAGCACAUCUUUUGCCUGCGCCUUGACCCUGCUCUCGACGGCCACGCAAACACCCUGGUGCAGGAAGAGAGCCUGCCCGCCGCCGUCGACGCCGCCACCAACCCCAACGGCAAUUUUUACCACGUGAAGUCGACCGUCAUCAAGGAGUCGGCAGGCCUCGACCUCGCGCCCUUUGACAACCGCGUCUUCAAGAUCCAGAACCGCGCCAAGAAGAAUCCCGUCAGCGGCAAGCCCGUCGGCUACAAGAUUGCCGGCCCGCCCACCCAGCUACUGCUCGCCGCCCCCGGCAGCAUUCAGUCUAACCGCGCCCACUUUGCCCGCCACCACCUCUGGGUCACCAAGCACAGGGACGACGAGCUCUACGCUGGUGGACGCUGGACCCUGCUGAGCCGUAACGAGGUUGGUGGCGUGCGUGACGCUGCCGACCGUAAAGACAAUGUCGAGGACGAGGACAUUGUCAUCUGGAGCGUCUUUGGUCUAACCCACAACCCGCGUGUCGAAGACUGGCCCGUCAUGCCCGUGGAAAUCAUUCAAGUACACAUUACCCCGUCCGACUUCUACACCGGCAACCCGGCCCUGGAUGUACCGUCUAGCGCAGACACUGGAUCGAAGCUGACUGAGGGUUCGUCCUGCUGCACCGCAAACGGAGGAGCUAAUGGUACCAACGGCGCGAAUGGCGCCAACGGCACGAAUGGGGCAAAUGGGCAUUAA